CACUUUUAAAACAGUCUUAAGAAGGUUUCAAUCGUGAACAGCGUAUUACUUUAUUGGCUAAUUUUCCAGUAAUUUUUUAUUUUUAUUAUAAAUACUAUGGGUGCUGGGAAGCUAUCUUUGCAGAAUAUCAAUCCGAAGUUGUUCUUAAAGAGUGACAAAAGGUGUGAGACAGCUGACGACUGGGACGAGAACGUCGUCGAUGAUUUCGACGAGAGGGAAGUCUUUGAUUUGAUAAGGAAUAUUAAUGAUCCAGAACACCCUUUGACUCUAGAAGAGCUCAAUGUUGUCGACAUAAACAAUAUAGAGGUGGACAAUGAAAGCAACAAGAUAAAUGUUAGGUUUACACCGACGAUCCCUCAUUGCAGUAUGGCAACACUCAUCGGACUUACGAUCAAAGUCCAGCUGAUUCGAUCACUCCCAGCAAGGUUCAAAGUAAGUGUGAAAAUCACUCCAGGCACUCAUUCGACAGAAGAUGCUAUCAAUAAACAACUCGCAGACAAGGAACGAGUAUCCGCAGCCAUUGAGAACAGUACACUGGUUGACACUAUAAACCAGUGUUUGGCCACAAUAGAAAAGUAUUAUAAUUAACAACUUCCUCUGCUGUUGUCUUUUAAAGCCUUUCUUUAUUGUUAAGCUAUACAUAUAAUAUAUUCUUUGUUAUUGCA